UCCGGAUCUUUAAUCUCACCAUUUUUUUGUUCUUCAUCCCUUUCUUUGUAGCUGAACGCUAACCCAAACACAAUUCAGUUUCAACCUCACUCGCUUUCAUCUUCGAAGAUAGGCCUGUCAACAGCUCUUCAGUUUUACACACUGAAAACUAUUUCUUGUUUCCAUUUUCUGGUUUUCAUUUAAUUUGGUGUUUUUUUUUUUUUUUUUUUAACCGGCGGGAGUGACUGAAACUUUUGGUCAUUGAUCCAAUUGCUUCCAUUUCCUUCUAUGGAAACUCAAAUAGCUUCCUCCUCCUCCUCCCCUCCUUAUUGGAAAUACGAUGUGUACCUUAAUUUUCGCGGUGAGGACACCCGCAAUGGUUUUACUAGCCAUCUCUACCAUGCUUUGAAUCAAAAGGGUAUUUUUACCUUCGUAGACGAUAUACUUCGGCGUGGAAAAACUAUUUUAGCAGAACUCUUAAAAGUAAUAGAAGGGUCCAAGUUUGCAAUCGUCGUUCUCUCAACAAACUACGCUUCUUCGACGUGGUGCUUGAAUGAACUAGUAAAGAUUGUUGAAUGCAUGAAACAGAACAAGUUGACAAUUUUGCCAGUCUUUUACCAUGUGAAUCCCUCUGAUGCACGGAACCAGAUGGGUAUUCUCGCUAGACGGAACCGGACUUUUGCUGAAGCCUUUGCUGAGCAUGAAAGAAAUCAUGUUAACAUUAAGGAUUUGCAAGCAUGGAAGGCUGCUUUGAAAGAAGUCGGCAAUAUAUCCGGAUGGCAUGUACAACAACAUUGUUCUGAAGCAGAUGUUAUCCAAGAAAUCGUUCAAAGGGUACUUGGAGAAUUGAAUCUUAUAUUAUCAAGAACUAUUUCCAAAGAUCUUAAGCUUGUUGGAAUAGAAUCCCGUGUGAGGGAAGUGUUGGAUUUAUAUGUAGAUGAAAGGCCGGGUGGUGUUCGCUUUGUAGGAAUUUGUGGGAUGGGUGGAAUCGGUAAAACAACUCUUGCAGUAGAAAUUUUUAAAAGAAUUUCAGGUAGCUUUGAAGCUAGCAGCUAUAUUGCUGAUGUAAGAGAAAAAACUGAAAAUCAACAUUUAGUUUCUUUACAAAAACAACUUCUUUCUAACAUCUUUAUGGAAAGUGAAAUAAAGAUAUGGAAUGUGCAUGAGGGGAUCAAUAUCAUUGGGAAUAGAUUACGUGGUAAGAAGGUUCUUAUUGUUCUUGAUGAUGUUGAGGACCAAAAACAAUUAGAAGCUUUGGCUGGGAACCUUGAUUGGUUUGGUCCAGGGAGUAGAAUCAUUGUAACAAGCAGAGAUAGCCAAUUGUUGAAAAGAUGUGGUGUGAAUUACAUAUAUGCAGCAAAGGGUUUGAAUCCAGAUGAAGCUUUGCAACUCCUUAGUUUGAGUGCUUUCAAGAAACCCCAUCCUAAAGAAAAUUAUGUGGAUUUGUGUAGGUAUUUUGUGAAUUACACUAAAGGCCUUCCUUUAGCUCUUAAAGUUUUAGGUUCUUUGUUGUUUACCAAAAGCACCGAUGAAUGGGAAAGUCUCAUAGAUAAACUAAAAGCGGAACCUGAAAAAAAAAUUUUGGACAUUCUUCAAAUAAGUUUUGAUGGGCUAAUGGAAACCCAAAAAGAAUUAUUUUUAGAUAUUGCAUGUUUUUUCAAAGGAGAGAACAAAGAUUGCAUAAGAGAGAUAUUAAAAAGUUUUGGUUACUAUCCAGACUACAAUAUUGGUGUUUUGAUGGACAAAUCGCUCUUAACCAUUAAUGAAAAUGGAGCUUUGUGGAUGCAUGAUUUACUACAAGAAAUGGGUCAAGAUAUAGUUCGUCGUGGAUCUAAAGAGCCUGGUAGACGUACUAGGUUAUGGCUUUAUGAGGACGUCCUUCAUGUAUUGAAGAAUAAUACUGGAACAGAGGUAGUCGAAGGCAUAAUGCUAAACGCACCUAUUCAAAAAGAGGAGCACUUGGAUGCUGAAGUCUUCUCAAAGAUGAAAAAAAUGAGAUUGCUUAAAGUGGGUGAUAUGGGUAAUGUGAAACUUCCACAAGGCCUCAAUUGUCUUUCUAAUGAGUUACGCAUUAUAGAAUGGCAUGGAUAUCCUUUAAGCUUCAUGCCAACCAACUUCCAACCAAAUAAGCUUGUUGAAUUGAAAAUGCAUUGCAGCAGCAUCAAACGACUAUGGGAUGGAAUUAUGAUUUUAGAUGAGUUAAAACUCAUUGACUUGCGUAACUCUCAAAACUUGAUUGAGACCCCAAAUCUAAGUGGAGUCCCAAAUCUUAAGCAAUUGAUUCUUCAAGGUUGUACAGCACUGUCUAAGAUUGAUCCAUCACUUGGAAAUCUCAAACAGCUUAUUCGAUUAGAUCUGUCUGGUUGCAAGUGUCUUGAAAGCCUUCCUCACAAGAUCAACUUGGAAUCUCUUGAAGUUAUUAUUCUUUCCGGCUGUUCAAGACUAAAGAAGUUUCCAGAGGUUGUAGGAAAUAUGCCAUGUUUGUCUGAACUUUAUUUAAAUGAGACUGCUAUAAAAGAUCUACCAUUGUCAGUGAAGCAUUUAACUGGCCUUAUUAAAUUGGAUCUAACAGAUUGCAAAAACCUUUCAAGUCUUCCAAAUGCUUGUUAUAGUUCAAUGUCUCUAAAAAUUCUCACUUUAUCUGGCUGCUCAAAACUUGAAGAACUACCAGAGAAUUUGGGGAAUCUCAAAGACUUGGAGGAGUUAGAUCUGAGUGGAUCUGCUAUAAAAGUGCUACCUACGUCCAUCAAACUCUUAAAAAAUCUCAAAGAACUGUCUCUUCAUGGAUGUAAAGGGCUAUCAUUUAAAUCCUCGAAUAAACUCUUCAGUUUUCCUUUCAUGCAACAGAGAAGUCCAGAUCCCAUGGUCAUGUUAGAGUGUUCUUUAUCAGGCUUAUGGUCCUUGACCAAACUAGACCUAAGUCAUUGCAAUCUUCAGGCAAUUCCUAAUGCUUUUGACUGCUUGUCGUCCUUGUUAAUAUUAAAUCUAGAGGGAAAUGAAUUUAUUUGGCUUCCUAAAAGUAUGAUUCAACUAUCAAAUCUACAAGAUCUUUUUCUUUGUGGUUGCUCGAAUCUUCGAUCAUUGCCAAAGCUUCCAUCAAACAUUAAGUAUAUUGAUGCAUCACAGUGUACCUCACUGGAAACAUUAUCAUCAGGAUCAGAAUAUGAUUUUCGGCCAGCACUUCAACUUCUGAAUUGUGUCAAAUUGAUUGAGAAUCAAGGCUACGGUUACAUGUCAACAAUGCUAAGACGUUAUUUUAUUAAUGACAAGCAUUACUAUGGGCAAGACAGAUUGGCACAUUAUAUCUAUGUUCCUGGAGGUGAAAUUCCGAAAUGGUUUAGACACCAAAAUGUGGGGGCUUCAAUGAGUCUACAAAUGCCUUCAGAUUUUUGUAACAAAUUGAUGGGAAUUGCUAUGUGCAUUGUUUUUGUAUUCCGCCAACAUAGACCAUUCAAGUCAUUUGACCAACUUGAUUUUGAAGGUUUGGGGCAUAAUAAAUAUACACAUAAGCUUUCAUGUUCCAUUAAAUUUAACUAUUGCGAAAUUUUUGGAGUGGCCGAUGGUUUUUCCGAAGAAUUUGGUAAGAUUGAACGGUAUCACCUUUGGCUGCAAUAUAUACCCUCUCAAUUCUUUCACAAGGACUGGGAAAAAGCAUCGAGUAAAAGCAAUGCUAAUGGAUUCGAUGAUAUUGAGAUUGAAUUUAAAACAUGGGGUCCAGGAUUGGAGGUUACAAAAUGCGGGGCCCAUUUGGUAUUCAAGCAAGACGUUGAAGAUCUCAAACAAACUAUGGUUGGGUCUAGCAGCUGCAGCAUCACUCCUUAUGAGGAUGAUUUUGACUGUUCAGCCAGAGAUACCAUGAUUAAGGGAAGCCAUGAUGACUAUGAUGGGGAAGGGGCUGAACCUAGUGGAGAAGGUACCUCUAAUGAUGUAGACGCACCACACCCAAAGUGGAUACAGCAACCUAAUCUAAUUGAAAAUUGGAUUGAGAAUUUCAAUUCAUGCACGCAAUAACAAGGAAACUUAGACAAAAAGGCCAAUGGCAGUGUUGGUGAUGGAGUGGAACUGGGUUCAGCAACUCAAAAACUGAAAGAUUCCAGGAAGGUCACCAGAAAAACACAUAAGCACGGCUUAAGCAAGCCAGUUGUGUUUGGCUUUGCUGGCAAUUUCUUUCCUUGGAAUAAAAUGCAUUUUCCCCUGAGAAAAUAGGAGGAGCUUAUUGUGGGUUAUGUUGUUUUGUAUAAAUUUUUUCUGGAGGUACCAGUUGGAGCUAAGCCAGAAAGCUUUGGAUGAGAAUAUAAUUGUGUAUUUGGGAAGAGGUUGUGGGGAGACCCACAUUGCUGUACUGCUUAUACACGAGCUAGGUCAAUUGAUAAGGAAGCCCCAGAAGUACAUAUGCGUCUUUUUUGGCCCUACAGUGGUUCUGUUUUGGGAGGAAUAUAGGACUGACCCAGAAGAUAAGCCUCAAGCCAAAUGGUCGACUUGACAAGCUCUUUUUAAACAUCAUUUGCAUGUUGUGCCCAUCAUGAAGUGAUCAAACUUUACAACAUUGGUUUUAUUACACAGGGUCAAGAGCACACCACACAUGCUGAGAAGUGUCCAAUGCAACAAGAAUGGUCCAAGGGGAAGAAGAAAGCUAAGAAAGGAGAUAAACUUAGUGAGAUGACGCAGGCUAUCCAGAGCUCUACUGAACUAUCAAGGGCAAAGUUUAUAGCUGCGCAAGUGGUAGCACUAAGCACGUGGGUGAAUCUGCUGGCACUGAUGAUAAGUUCUCUCUUGAGAAGGCAUUGCCACACUCAUUGGGCAUAAAGAUCUAGACGAUAUGACCUUCAAGGUACAAAAGAAACUCUAUAAUCAUGAGGCUAGGAUUUUCUUCAUGACCUUGACAGAUAAUAGGAGGAAAGCCUAGAUGGAGUUCAUUGCGAAGGAAUCUGAUUGAGUUGCAGUUGUGCUUGAUGAUGUGUUUGUUUGUUUGUAAUAACUUGGAGACAUUGUUUGUAGUUGCUAUAUGUUUACACAACAAUGUUGUGUUUUGGUUGCGAUUCUCUUUAUGUGUUUUGUUUUCAGCCUCUUUAUGUUUGUUUCCAAAUAAUUAUGUGUAACUACGUAUUUGUUAUAUGGUUCAGAGCAGGUUAUGUCAGACAACUCAAAUUGGUGCAACACUGAAUGUAUGUAAAUGUAUGGUAUUAUAAUGGUAGUUGUGACCUGUAUUUGAGAACUUA